AUGGCAAUAGGCACACUCGCUGUUACUGGUGUUACGGGACGUACGAACAGCGGGCACUCCGUAUUCCAUGGGACGGUUGUGAAUGACCCGAGAGACAUGAUGAAGCGGCAGGCGCAGGAUGGAUCGCAGCCCCAAAUGGAUAGCGCAAUAUCCCAGGAAGGCCAGGUUUCGGUGCAAGUUACGAUAGCCGCUACAGUAGGAAUGCCCUCGCCGACAACUGGUAUCAGCGAGCCUACAGCGUCGGAAAUCACCACUGACCAAAGCUCACCGGCUGUUCCGACUACCUCUUCCGAAGAAACACCGACUGCCUCUCCUGCUUCACAUACCCCCACAACUGAUACUGCCCCUGGGUCGGCUAGUCAUGAUCCCUCGCUUCGCCUACUUCUCUUCCUCUCGAGUGGGACGCCUCAGUCAACUUCCAGCACUGUAGUCUCCACCUCCACGAGUUCUUCGUCUUCCAGUUCUAGCCAAACCUCGUCAACCUCUAGUUCUAGUUCAAGCUCAUCUUCCAGCACAACGACUUCGUCAACUUCUACAUCCUCUACAACCUCUACUAUAUCUGAGCUUACUACAACUUCGUUGCCCUCCGGCACCGGAGGCGGCGCCUCAUAUGGGUGGGACGGGGGAUCGGGGCCGACAGCUACCGAACCGACAACUUUGACUACUGGACCGACUACGUCAGCGACAAUUUCUCCAUCCCAGGGCUCUGGCGCUCUGGACAGCCAAACCAAGGGCAAAAUUGCUGGCGGUGUCGUUGGUGGUGUAGCUGGUGCCAUGGCUUUGGUGCUCCUAGUUUUCAUCAUUCUCCGGAGACGGAGAGCAUACCAAAAUCGUGCCCCUGAAGUCCUUCCGCCCGGUGAUAUGACUGGUACUGCUGUUGGAGAAGGAUCUGUAACAAGGUCAGCUGAUGUGGUUUCGCGGCGGUCUAGCAAUGAUCCGUUAUUCACGGCGUCAUACUUUGCGCCAGCGUUUAUGAAGCGUUGGAGACAAUCGCGUCUCUCUACUCAUACAGAAAGCACCUUAGAUUCUAGCACCAGCGAGCGUGGAUUCCAGAAGAUUUCUGGUCGGAAGAUUCCCUCCGUACUACAGUCAGGAGGAGAUGGAUACGGCGGUGGUUUCUCGGAAGGAUCGCCGACCAUGUCGGAACCAAGUGUGAGCUUCCCGCCAGGUUCACCGGUCCUUCCCCGCUCACCUACCUCGCAACCGCCUCCAUCAACCCCGUAUGGCAUGCCGCUGGACGUGAGUUAUACAAGGGAAGCCGAAGAAACCAAUCCCAUUGUGAUUUUCCGGCCCUCCCCGGCCAGGACACCUAUUCCUGGCUCCGCAGAAGCUAGUUUAUCUAACGAACCCUCUGUAUCGCGCAUUGUGCCUCUGGCGCAGGGAGCGUUGUCUCCCACCAUCCCCAAGCGACCAGACAUGCUGGGUCGAAGUCAUCCAAGCUUUGAUGGUAGCCGCGGCAGCCGAUUUACCGAGAGUAUAUGA